CUCGCUACCCAUCUCAUUUUCUCAGGUGGUUUUCUGGUUCAGUGGAGAAAAAAAAAGGUUAGAAUUAGACUUCUUUGGAAGGUUCUAGAGGUUUCUAGAUACCGCCGUCCCGGGGGGUGAUGGCGAUCCCCAGAAGGUCGGCGGCCGCCGUCGCUGCCGUGGUGGCGCUCGCGUCCGUGGCCGCUGUCGCCGGCGAGGUCUUCUUCCAGGAGAAGUUCGACGAUGGAUGGGAGGAUCGGUGGGUCAAAUCUGAGUGGAAGAAGGAUGACAACAGGGCCGGCGAAUGGAACCACACCUCCGGCAAGUGGUACGGCGACGCCGACGACAAGGGUAUCCAGACGUCAGAGGACUACAGAUUCUACGCCAUUUCGGCCAAGUACCCUGAGUUCAGCAGCAAGGACAAGACCCUCGUGCUGCAGUUCUCGGUGAAGCACGAGCAGAAGCUCGACUGCGGCGGCGGCUACGUGAAAUUGCUCGGUGGCGACGUUGACCAGAAGAAGUUUGGUGGCGAGACGCCGUACAGCAUCAUGUUUGGACCAGAUAUCUGCGGGUAUGCCACCAAGAAGGUUCACGCUAUCCUUACAAAGAACGGCAAGAACCAUCUAAUCAAGAAGGACGUGCCAUGCAAGACCGAUCAACUGACGCACGUCUACACCUUGAUCAUCCGUCCUGACGCCAAAUACAGCAUUCUGAUCGAUAACACUGAGAAGCAAACUGGAAGCAUCUAUGAUGAUUGGAACAUUAUUCCUCCAAAGAAUAAGAGGGAUCCUGAAGCCAAGAAGCCAGAAGACUGGGACGACAAUGAAUACAUUCCUGAUCCUGAGGACAAGAAGCCUGAGGGCUAUGAUGAUAUCCCUAAGGAAAUUACUGACCCAGAAGCAACUAAGCCUGAGGACUGGGAUGAUGAGGAAGAUGGAGAAUGGACAGCUCCAACCAUUCCAAACCCUGAGUACAAGGGACCAUGGAACCAAAAGAAACUUAAGAACCCUAAUUACAAGGGCAAAUGGAAGGCACCAUUGAUCCCCAACCCAGAUUACAAGGAUGAUCCUUACAUCUACGCUUUUGAUAGUUUGAACCACAUUGGCAUUGAGCUGUGGCAGGUUAAGUCGGGAACUUUGUUUGACAACAUUCUUAUCACUGAUGACCCUGAGUAUGCCAAGAAAUUUGCAGAAGAAACCUGGGCCAAGCAUAAAGAUGCUGAGAAAGCCGCCUUUGAUGAAGCUGAGAAGAAGAGGCUUGAGGAGGAAUCUGCAAACUCUAAAAUCGACGACAGCGACGACGACGCUAGUGAUGAUGAGGAUGAGGCGGACGAUGACAAGGCUGAUGUCGUUGCUGAGCAGACCAAGGACAAGGGUGAUGAGAAACCGCAGGACAUCAAGGUCUCUGCUGAUGAGAAGCCAAAGAGCAGCAAGGAUGAUUCUUCCGCUGCGAAGAAGGACGAGCUUUAGAUAUUUUAUUAUUAUUAGAUGAUAAUAUGUCAUGACGAAGAGGCAACUGAAUCAGGUGUUGGUGCUAAAUAUUUCCUAAGCAGGGGAUCAGAGAAGAGGAGCAGAGAAGCUUGUGCUAGUUUUAACUGGUUUCUUUACUUGCUUGCUUGAGGGCUGAACAGUACACUUGCUUGUACGUUGGGCAGCACACCAUCAUCAGUCUAUACACAUGCACUGGCUUUCUAUUUAUAGGCUUGAUAAACCGAUAUGUAAGAAGCUUCAGGACCUAGCUAGAGACUUGUAGUACUACUACAUUGUCAAACUUCACUGGUACUAGUACUACUGUAAAAUCACAUCAUGCAUGUCUACACACUACACUGUUCUAGAAAA